AUGAAUGGACUAGAAGUGCUUUCGGAUUCCCUUGAAUGGCCCCAUGAAUCUGAAAUCGUUCGGAAACGUCCGAAGAAUUAUACGUUGGUCUACAUCAGCAAAGUCUUCUACAACACGGGAAGUAUCCUUCUUACGGUGUUUCUAAUUAUAAAGUCGAUUAUAUUACCUUCUUUGACCUCGAAUUAUAAACAAAGAGAAGUUUUGUCAGUGUCAACCAUUGUAGGAUUAAGGAAACUCAUCUCUUCGCUACAAAAGAGAUUGAAAUUCACCCCAGUCUCAGCACUAGGCUUCAACGAGCAAAAUGGGACGAUUGAAAGGUCUACGCAGACUACAGACGACACCAGUGAUAUUAUACAUAACGAGAUGACUCGCUGGAAGAGUUUGAACGAGGCACUCCAAGACGCCACCGAUCAUCUACAGCAUUUUAAUACCGCGCUUAAACCAUCAACUUUUAUGAACAGUUUUAGUUUCCAAACCAAACUUGUUGCAGACCAGCUUCAACAGGAUAGGUCUUCAGAUCAGGAAAGUGACCUUUGCAACAAGGCAGUUACAUCAAUCAGAGGUGUUAAAGGAUGGUUUGUUAAUGGCAGAAUAGCUUGA